UUGGCAAAGGCUCAAGCAAUGGUUAGGGAAGGACGAGAGACGGCGAGCGAGAAACAGAGAGAGAAAAGAGAGAGUUGGAGAGAAAAGGGGAAAAAAGAAGCAGCACUCGGCUUUGCCAGCGGUCGUACGCGCUCGUCCAACAUUGAUUCGGUUCUCUCCAUUUUUUCCUAUUCUGUGCUCUGCACUCCCCAGCCCCCCCGCCUGUGUGUGUGUCUCUGAGUCUUACACGGGGCCUACAGAUCUGAACAAACACCACUACCAAUUACGCUUUGCCAAGGAUUUUUUUGUGCUUUAUUUCCUUCUUUUUUUUGGGGGGGGGGGGAAGCGCAAAAGAAGAGUGUUUAUUUUAAGUGUGUCUAUUCCAGUUGUUAUAUUUAGAUACUUUUUUUCUUAAAUACCAUUCACCAUUUCUAUUUUUACCAUAUUUCCAUUAUUUCUCAAUAUUAGUUUUCUUCUCUUUAAAUUUGGGUAUUUUGUCUUUCUGUCCCAGAUUUAACCAGAACCUUUGCAGCGUUACGCUGUGACCCCCAGAACAUCCGGGGUGUAUCUUGUUUUGUUUAACUUUGUUCCACUGCUUACUGUGGAUAACUGGAGAUUCCUGAGAUCUUCUGCUAAUUAUCUUUUUUACCCUCAAGUUUUUUCAUCUGCACAUUUAUUACGCCCAGCCAAACCAGCACUUGGGAGUGCGGGAAAAAAAGUGGUGUGGGAGAUUUCUUUUUUAUUUUGAACGUUGUGCCAAAUUUAUGAUGAGAGUGCAAAAUGGAUGAAUUUCAUCCCUUCAUCGAGGCCCUUCUCCCCCAUGUCCGUGCCUUCUCCUACACCUGGUUCAACCUGCAGGCCCGCAAACGCAAGUACUUCAAGAAGCACGAGAAGAGGAUGACAAAGGAUGAAGAACGCGCAGUGAAGGACGAGCUGCUGGGUGAGAAGCCCGAGAUCAAGCAGAAGUGGGCGUCGCGGCUGCUAGCCAAGCUCCGCAAGGACAUCCGGCCCGAGUUCCGUGAGGACUUUGUGCUCACCAUCACGGGCAAGAAGCCCCCCUGCUGUGUUCUCUCCAACCCCGACCAGAAGGGCAAGAUCCGCCGUAUCGACUGCCUGCGCCAGGCCGACAAGGUGUGGCGGCUGGACCUGGUGAUGGUCAUCCUGUUCAAGGGCAGCCCCCUGGAGAGCACGGACGGAGAGCGGCUGGUCAAGUCGCCCCAGUGCUCCAACCACGGCCUGUGCGUCCAGCCUCACCACAUCGGCGUGUCCGUCAAGGAGCUCGACCUCUACCUGGCCUACUUCGUCCACUCACCAGAAUCCGGACAAUCAGACAGCUCAAACCAGCAAGGAGACACAGACAUCAAGCCACCACCCAAUGGGCACUUGAGUUUCCAGGACUGCUUUGUGACUUCAGGGGUCUGGAACGUGGCCGAGCUGGUCCGAGUGUCACAGACUCCAGUGGCCACAGCGUCCGGCCCCAACUUCUCCCUGGCCGACCUGGAGAGUCCUGGCUACUACAACAUCAACCAGGUGGCCCUGGGACGUCGCUCCAUCACCUCCACCCCCUCCACCAGGACUGAAAUGGAGCUUUAUGCAAGUCUCCCACGGAGCUCCAACAAGCGCAAGUCCAUUGAUGACAGUGAGAUGGAGAGCCCGGUGGACGAUGUCUUCUACUCGGGCCGCUCCCCUGCGGCCGGCAGCAGCUCCCAGUCCAGUGGCUGGCCCAACGAUGUGGACGCAGUGCAGCACCAUUUGGCCAGUGUGCAAGAGAGGAAGAUAAAGCAUGAAAACGAUGGCGUGCAGUUUCCUUACCAUGGACUCUCCUCGCCUGGUUCUCUUAAGAAGCCGGGGAAAUUCGAUUUCAGCGCCCUGUCGCAGCAGACGAGGUCGCCUCGCAUGGCGUUCACCCACCACCCGCUGCCAAUGCUGGCGGGAGUGAGACCAGGGAGCCCCCGUGCCUCAGCCUCUGCCCUGCACUUCCCCUCCCCCUCCAUCAUCCAGCAGUCCAGCCCGUACUUCACCCACCCCACCAUCCGCUACCACCACCAUCCUGGACAGGACCCCCUGAAGGAAUUUGUGCAGUUUGUCUGCGCUGAUGGCUCGGGACAGUCUGGAGGCCAGGUAAGGUUUGAUCCAAACGGGAGCGGCCAGAGCAAAAUGCCGGGCUCCUUCUUGCUGCCUCCACCUCCCCCAGUGGCCCGCCCAGUGCCCCUCCCCAUGUCCGACUCUAAAUCCAGCAGCACGCCUCCCGACGGCGGACUGACCUCGCCCACAUCUCCGUCUUACUCCACGUCAGGGGCCACAGCUCCCAACAGGUUUGUCAGCAUCGGAUCACGGGACAACAACUUUUUGAACAUCCCGCAGCAGACACAGUCUUGGUUCCUCUGACAUGACCUGUCUGCAAACCAGCGACUAGAAUUCUUUCUUUACAAUCGGGAAUUGAAACAUGGAAAACAGAAAAAUAACCCACAGGAAAUUGUCCUCCGAUCCUUAUGUCUCACAUAAAAAGUAAAGCAACCCAGGAAAUCUUAGCAUGAUACUAGUAGAGGAACUCUGGAACCAAUUACCUAAACAGAGGGAACCCCCCAUUUUUAAGACGGGAGGAUCAUAGGAUUUGGGAGAGGCAGAGGACAAGAAGUCAUCUCUCAAAACCACCGAACCAGCAAAACACGGCAACACAAAAAGAGGAACCUGAAGAGAAAAAAGGUCACCUUCUACUUCGGAACAAGGACACAUUGUGCAAUGGCUGGGAAAAUCGACUGUUCAACAGUCACCUGUUUCACACAGAAAAAAACAGAUGUAGGAGUGGGGAUUGAAAUUGAAGGGACAUCAAAUCACUCUCUUGAAGGCACAAGACACGCCAUAAUUUAAAUGAGGUACGCUCCCCACUGUCAAAUCACCCACAAACAAACCCAUUAGGUUCCAGUGAAAUAUGUAGCAGUCCAUGCUACUGUGAUGUCUCCCUGUCACUCAACACACUGUCAAUUGACCAGUCUUUCCCAGUCUUAUAACCAUUGACCUAAUCAGCCCCACUACUAACAAAACAGAAACCAUGCCAAAACAUAUCCUAAAGGUUGCACUACAAGCUGAAUUAACACUAAUCUCAUGUCCACUAUUACACCUACAUGGCAUGGGGGGAAAACAGGCGUACCUAUGAUUGUAUUGUUAUUAUUAGUGAAAGAGGAAAAACCAUGAUAUGAGAAGUCUCAGCCCACAGUUCAGCAACACCAAGGCCUCCAUUCUAACCAGCAUCCCAGCAGAAGAACCCAAACCCAAGGAAAGCUAAAUGCAAUCGUCCAGUUCACUCUUGCAAAACUACAACCGCCACAAUAAUCAAGUGCUAAGUAUACCCACUUUCAUUUGAAUGAUGAAUGCCAUUUGCAACACACAUAUACACACACACACAAACACACACCGGGCCCAAGUGGUGUUAUUACGUCUAUAACACAUGCUAUGCACACGUUUCCAGAACACUCUUUUAGCCCCUUGUAGUAGACACAGAACCCAACACACAUCCACAUACUUUUUUUUUUAAAACACAGGCCUACGCAUUAACACCCAGAACUACAUAGUUACAGUAGUAAUAUUCCCUUUUGCACAGAAUUGUUAUAUUUUUUGUUUCUUCUCUUAUUGGACUUGUCCCUCUGAAUUUGUCCGCUUUUUAAAAUGUUGUGUUUGAAUGACAGCACCUUAUUGAGAAAUACAGCGGGUGGGUGCGAGACUUCGAGUGGUAUUGCCAGGAAGGGUGAUCCAGUCAGUGUUCAGUACCAUGUAGUGAAACAGUGACAUUAGGUUGCUGAGGGCCCAGAGUCCACCUCCCUCCCAUCUCCCUGAAGUUUACCCUUUUUGUUUACACUCCCAGACUGCCCCUGUUCCAAGAGCAGAGAGCCACGCUGCGGAGCAAAAUGAUGAUGUGACAUAUUUGUUCCCAUGUUUGGGGAGGAGAGCCUGGGUUGAGGUCAGAGGCCAUAUUGAGAUGGUCUGGCAGGGUGUUAUGGUCGCCUCUUUUCCCUGACACGAUCUCAGCUCCCCAUCCUAUCCCUUAUAGAUCAAACUGCCCUAAAGAUACCUUACCAGCCAAAAGUUUAACCUUUUCAAAUCAAGAGGGACAAAUUAAAUGAACACACUUAGAACAGCGCCACUUGACAAACUCACACACAAUCACAUGCAAACCUACAGUAUAAGUAGCAGUCACAACCACCCAGCCCAGGCCAGAUUGACUGUAAAGGGAAGUCUUAACAAUCUCUGAGGAAACCUUUUGUUUUUAAUCAUUCACUUUUUAUUUGAAUUCCUACCAUUACUAAGAUUCAGUUUGAAAGUGAUUUUUUUAUUAAGGAACAUCAGCUCAAAUCACCAACCUCACAAAAUAACUGGACUGCCUGGCCAUGUACUUCACUGCAGGGAAACAAUGUUGCCAGACGGCAACUAUCUCAUCAGCUUGAUAGAGAACUAGCACUGCUGAAUAAGAAUUAUGAUGGCUAUGGUGAUUUCUUUUCUAAUCUAUGGAAGUGCCUCUGUAUUCCCAUUAUGCAAUUUGUUAAACAUGAAUUCAGGUUCUUUUUCUCACAUAUAAGCUAUAGUGAAUGGUGGUGAAAUGCUAUGUCUGGGGAGAAAAACAGUGACAGCUCACUGAAUAAUUGCAAUCAUCUUUAUAUAUACACACAUAUAUAUUUAUAGAUAUAUACAUUUUUUAUUUGCAAAAUAAGCUCUGUGGCAGUCUAGUUAUUUUUUGAAGCAUGGCACAGUCAAUUGAUGCAUCUUAAACAGCUGAUUAGUGCAAAAGUACCCGUCCCUACACCCACACCUACAUCUAAUAGCAAAAAGUGUCCAUGGCAAAUACUAUAGAUACAUGAUUUAUAUAGCAAACAAUAAAGUAACAUUGUAGUCAAGGAAAAUAACGGAUUCGAUUUCGGUUAUUCUUUCUUGUUUGGUUGGGAAGUAUUGUUGUUGAAAAAAUGUAUGUAUGUUGAUUGAGCCAUGUGCAAUGCCUUGGGUAGAUACAUUGUGUUUGUCUGUUAGAGAUUGUUUGAGGGUGUCAAGAGAAAAGAAAGGCUAAACCCUCUAUUUUUUUGUUUUAAGUCCACAUGCUCCGGGACUCUAAACACCAGGGCAGACAAAAAAAAAUCCCAGUCUUUGUAAAUUGAGAAUUCGUUUUUAUUUUUCUUCCUUAUUCCUUUAAAAACGGUAUUUGUAAUGAUUUGUUUUCUAAAUCUGGGAGGGCUGAAGGAACAAUUUAGCAAAACAAAAAUAUAUAUCACUAAAUGAAACUGGUGCUUUUUACGAAAUAAAGUACAUUCAAACUCUAUUAUACAUAAAUAGUAAUAAACAAAAUUAAGUGUUACCAUAAAGCACAUUUUAGGAAACAUUCUAUUCUAUUUCUCGUUUUGUAUUUACCAAUGGGGGGAGGGGUUCAUUAUAUGAAAAGGUUGUGACAAAAGGCAUUUUUCUUCAACCUUUAUCCCAUAGCAGGAAGAGAACAGUUCUUUAGAGUUUGAUUAGAUGGUUAUCCUGACAAUGGGAUGAUGAACUAGAGGAAAGGCCUGACGUAAUGGACAUCUGGGCCAUGUCUGUAUCACCAGAGAACUGACUAAAACAUGACCUAUUUAGCAGAUGAAUUCCAACUUGAAUGCAAUUUUCUAAGCUGUGGACAUGUUUAAAACUGACCAACCGAAGUAAUCAGAUCUUCCCCAUUUUGGGAGAUGCAUCGGAAAUGGAAUCCAUUUUUCUAAGUGUUAGCUCAACCACAAAGUGAUUAAUAGCGUUUGGAGAGAUGGGAGGUGUAAUGUGAAAUACAUUUUGGUAGGUUUAGUUGAUUAGUAGACUCCUAUCUCAAACCCAAACAAGAGGUGAGGGAGUAUAAGGUGUAUUUUGAGCACAGAAAGGAUGAGAGCAGGUUUCAAUCAAAGAAGUGAACCCUUCCCCCUUCCAUACCCACUCCCAAUCCGCAGUGUAAAUUAUUCUAAAUAUUUGUUUGGUGAUGUAGUGUUAGAAUCAGAGCAUCUUAAAGGUUGUCCCUAAAAAGUGCCUUUUGUUCACAGACUCCAUCUUGUAAUCCUGAGUGCCCGUCUCAAAAAAGUCCCCUCCUUCAUAUUUCUUCUAUUUCCUCUCCUUCUUCAAGCUUUUCAAAGCAGUAUAUAUAGUACUAAAGGAAAUUGGUGUGAUUUAGUUAUUUUUAUUGUUGAAUAAUUAAGAAAAGCAAAAAAACAAAUCUGUCUUGCUUCUCUUCCUGUAUCUUGUCUUCUGUCUCUCUUGGACACUGGAGUAGUCUGUAGUCUCCUUAUCCCUCCCCAAACCCCUUUUCUCUGAAUGGAGGGGUAAAAAAAAAAGCAAAACUUUGUCUGAGCAGAAUGCAGUUAGCUCACAUGUUAUUCUUGUCUGUACGCUUCACAUUGUAUACCAUGCCGAUCUCUUCAGCUUCUCCAUUGAACAGCUAAUGUAAGUGAACAAGUUACACCAGUGGGCUCUUGGGGUGUGGCGAGGAGAGGGUCUGUGAGGGAGCCUAGUUUUUCACUGGGAUGCAUUUGAUGACAUCACACCGUGGGGAUAAAAUACACAUAGGAAUUUCCCUCUGAAUGGGCAAGGGAGCUGCAUGGCAACUGGGGUAGAAUAGGCAGGUUCGUUUGUAACUCUUUUUAUCUAUUUAUUUUUUUUACUGAAUUUGGAUUUUCAUAUCUUAUGCAGCGAUGCUGCAUUGAGACCUUUUAAUGAUGCACCUUUCUAGUGGUUGUAUGAGACCAGCUAUUAAAACAAGUGAAAAAAGUACCUGAAAUGACUCUAAGCACCUUAUAACGGAAUGGCUCCAGCCCAGGUAGACUGGCAGGCUCAGAUUCACAAUCAAGAGAACCCAGCCACAUUACUCCACAACAUUACACCCAUUUACUAUAACCCCAAAUGAACAGUGAGAAAAAUUACAGACGAAAGUCAUAUGGUUCUAUACACUGUAUGCGACAUGGCGUAGACAGUUAAAGCACCUUGAAAUUCCACCUGCAAAAUCAAGAGCAGGCUUGAUAGAAGUACUACUUGACUCCUACAAGAACAUGCACGUUUUUAUUUUAAGUGAUUGAAGCCAGCAGCAGUAUUAGCCUUGACAAGUAAAGCGCCACAGUCGAGAAGCCAUAGUGACAAACAGGUUGCACAGUGUGUGCUUUGCUUGGGCAGAAUGUUGGUCCCUACCUAUCUUGCCCUGCAGCACCAGAGAGCUCUGUCUCUCCCUGGCCCUGGCCAUCCGUCUUUUUCUUUUCCUUCGGGUUUGUUUGUUUUUAAAGUGUGUAGGGCGUUGGGCCGUGUUUAGUGUUGUGUAGCGUGAACCCCCAGCUGGCCUUGCCCCCCCACCCACUAGCUCCCACCGCGCCCCUCAGUGCAGCUUCCCUCCCUCAGGAAUACGCCUCCCAGAGCCCAUGGUGAAAUGCAUGUGUUAAUUAAAGUUUCUUUUCCAUAAUAAUAAAAACAGUUUGAAAAGUGCAACACUUGAAUAAAAGGAUGUUCUUGACUGUAA